AUGGACCCGCAACUUACCUUGAACGAUGUUCCUGAUUUGUUUAUCGGUUCAUAUAUAAAGAAGAACAGAAAUGCCACGGAUAAUGACAUCAUUAAGGCAUACCAAGAACAACAAGCUCAAAAUGUCCUAGUACAACAAACGUCAGGGUCGAGUCAAACGCGUGAACUCGAGAGGGCCUUUAACGUCUCGUUCCGAGAUCCUGUCGGCUAUCUACAUGCACUAUGCCAACGGAUAAGCCAAGUUGCAGAUACUGAUGACCACUUCAACUACUUGGCUAUCAUCCAGUCAUCAGGGUAUGGAAAGACAAGGGCAGGCUGUGAACUUGCGGCCGAAUUUCCCUUUGUAUAUGUCUGUUUUCGCGAAAGUGGCUCAACUGGAUACCCUCCGGCCACCCCGAAGAGUGUGAAUAUGCUGAGCAACAUAAAUAAAGCAAAGGACGUAGAUGAAGCCGAAGUUGAGGCGUUGGGCUGGAUUCGAUCGAUCGUCUCGACGUUUCACGAAAAAAGAGAAGAAUUUCGCAAGAAUCAACCGCAAGAGAAAUAUCAACAAGCAUUGUUGAAAGAUCAGCAACAAGCCAUAGAUUUCUGGGAUGCUGUCGAUGCCAAUCGUGGAAAGGAAGAGAAGGAUCGAGUGGAUGCUACUAAGAAAAAUCAGGCGUUUAGAGCAGUUCGGCGUGCCCUAUUCAAAUAUAAAGCUUAUGUUAUCGGUCUCUUGACAGAUACGAAUUCCUCGGUCGCCAAUUUGGCACCUCAACUCGAGCAUGAUCCUUCAGCGAGGGACUUUAACCGUAAUGUCCACAAACCAUUCAUCUACCUGGCCACGAUGGAUUGCCUGAGUACUGAUAUUUCACUCAGUGAGAACGGUUCGGGUCAUGAUAUUGUCCGGUUUGGCCGACCGUUAUGGGGUUCUUGGUGGCAGUCAGCAGAGUCCUGGGAGACAAACCAAGACAAAUUUAGGAAUACUGUACGACUUGCCAAGUUUAAGCUUCUUGGGGGAACGAAUCAAUGGAACCAGGAUUAG